AACAAUGUCACGGAUGGAUUCUAGUGUCCGCGUCCCCGCACCACGAUGAUGAGCGAGGAGUUCGUGGCCGGGCCGAUGGCACCACCGAUGGCGGCCCGGAGAGGAUGUUGGACCGCGUGGUGCCAAGUGAUUCUAUUCGCCGUGUCGGCUCUCGUGAUCGUGGCGGAGAGAACCGCGCUGCUGUACUGCGUGGGCUACUACCUGUGGGUGGGCGAGCGUGCGUGGGCGGCGUGGACGUUGGCGCUGCUGUUGCCGGGGGCGAUGGUGCAGGCGCUCAGCUGCUGUUGGUACCUUGCCGACGGGCACCGCAGACCGUGCCAACUCACCCUCACACACCUGCUGCACCUGGGCAUCUUCAAGAGGUUCUGGGACUGCAUGUCGUCGGUGUGGCACAUGCAGGGCUCGGCGGGGCAGCUGGGGGUGGCGGUGAUGCAGCAGGCCGACGUGGCGGCCCUCCGCCUGCUGGAGGCGCUGUUGCUCACGCUGCCGCAGACGCUGCUGCAGACCUACGUGCUGGUGGCCACCGACAUGGGCCUCACCUCGCCAGUGUCCCUGUGCUGUGGGACGUGUCUGUUCUCUCUGUCCUGGGCGCUGGUUCUGUUCAGCCGGGCGUGUUGUCUGAUCCGGCCGGGUCACCUGGCGAUGCCCCCCGCCGCCCUGCUGUGCCAGCUGCUGUGGAGGAUGGGCAUGCUGGGCGCCCGCGUCGCCAGCCUCGUGUUCUUCACCCGCGUCUUCGGCUGGUGGGUGUGUGGCGUCAUAGGGUUCCACUGGCUGACCGCUGCGUUCUGGCUGAUGUCGCAGCAGACGGACAUCUGUUCUGGCCCGUGGCGCUGGCGCGUCUUUAACGGAACGCUGGCCGUCGUGCACGUCUUCUGCUUCCUCAACGUCAAGGACGGACCCUCACGCUUCCGCAUGGCCGGCUUCUACCUGGUCAUGUUUCUUGAGAACGCCACCCUGAUGCUGGCAGCGUCCGACUUCCUGAAUGAGGCAUCGUGGGACAGCUUGACCGGCCCCACCGCCGUGCUCUGCAGCUUCCUGUCAGGCCUGACGUCUCUGGUGCUGUACUACCGGUUCCUGCACCCCAAGUCCACGGAGAUCUCCCUGGGCCUGCAGCACAUGGGCGGGGGGAGCCACAUGGGCAGCACGUGCCUGGACCUGGAGCGCGGCGAGUCCUCCUUCUCACUAGGGGGCGACAAGAGCCUGCGCGCCGACCCCUCCUCCCUGCAGCUGGCCUCCCACCCCAGCUUCUCCCUCUCGGGCAUGGCGGGGUCCCUGCUGGAGCCCCCGGCCAACUGCGGGGGGAAGGGUGGGGGUGGCGUCGGCGGGGGGUGCGGAGGGUGUCGGCACCACCACUGGCUCCUGGUGAGACUGGCGCUCAAGACGGGCGACCCCGGGCGCAUCAACCGCGCCUACGGGGCGGGAGGGGUGGCGGCCAUGAUGGGCGUGGCGGCGUACGCGCCGGGGCUGAUGGGGGCGGGCGGCGGCGGGGGCGGGGGGGGGGCGCGGGAGCGGGAGGAAGAGCAGGCCCUGGCGCCGCUGUCCGACUGCAAGGAGGAGUUCCAGAGCGCCAGCGAGGACGAGCCCACGUCGCGCGUGGACAACGCCGGACUCGCCGCACUGGACGACGAGGACGACGAGGACGACGACGAGGAGAGCCUGCCGAUGGAGAGUCCGCUGGAGUCGCCGGGCUCGGAGUGCAAGCGCAGCUCGCCGGAGGGCAAGUCGGUGCUGGGCGACAGCCCCGAGCCGCGCUACUGCCCCACCGAGUCCAGCUCCACGCUCUACUUCAGCGCCGACCCGCAGUCGCCCAGCAGCGCCAGCAACCCGCGGCUGGACCGCGACAACACCGCCUUCGGAUUCGGCUUCGGCGCCGAGAGCCUGGCCGAGCUGUCCAGCCCCGCGGCCAGCGAACGGGGAGGAGGGGGCUCCUCCGCCGGACCCCCCCUCACCGGCCCCUGGGACGCCUCGGGCCCUGCUACAGCCUCCACCCCCCGCCUGGCACGGCCCCAGAGGGAGGGGGGUUUUGGGGUCCCCCACCUGAGUGGACCGCGGAGGCAGCUGGUGCUGUCCAGACGAGGACUGGAGGAGGACGCGGGCUUCUAACCAUGCUGGUGUGUGUGUGUGUGUGUGUGUGUGUGUGUGUGAGAGGCAGCUGGUGCUGUCCAGACGAGGACUGGAGGAGGAUGCGGGCUUCUAACCAUGCUGGUGUGUGUGUGUGUGUGUGUGUGUGUGUGUGUGUGUGUGUGUGUGUGUGUGUGUG